AUGGGACUAACUAUAACUCCAUUGGAAGGUCAACCUCUUGGUGCCAAGGUUACGCUGCCUGAGGGCUGCCAUGAUCCUAGUACAUUAUCAGCUGAAGAUUUCAAAACGUUGUACGACGGGCUGCAUGAGCAUUUGGUGCUUGUUAUUCCUGGAAUGAAAGAUUUAUCACCGGAAUCUCAAUGGAAAUUAACCACGAUGUUUGAUCCAACUUGUGACCAGACUGGAAAGUCCUAUGGACAUGGGAAGGAGUUCCGACACGACAAGUCUGUCUUAAGGAGGGACGGUACUUCCAUCCCGGCCUUUCCCCAGGUUCAAGUUUUGGGCCAGGGCGACUGGCCCGCUGGUCAUGAAGGGUUGGAAGCUUUCACUUUGCGGCAUCCUGUUCAUUUUGACUUCCACAAGAGUCCUUUGACCGAUGAAGAAGCUUAUCAAAAGAAUUUAACGAGAUUUUACAGAUGGCAUAUUGAUUCAGCACUGUAUGAUCUGUCACCUCCCGUUUGCACGACUCUGCUGGGUAUUCAUGUUCCACCACACUCUAGAAAGCAAAAGAUAGUGUACGAUGACGGUGAUGAGCUAGAACUGACACAAGGGGCCACUGCGUUUGUUUCCGGAGCUAGGGCAUUCGAUCUUCUAUCCCCAGAAGAGCAGAAAAGAGCUCUAGGCGCCAAAGUUGUCUACGCUCCUCAUCCAUAUAUAUUCAUUUCGCCAGCAAGAGCGACAUCUGAUGGUCUGACAAUGGUAUCUGAGAAAAAAGAGAUGCCACUAGAUGCACUUCCACCUUGGGAAGAGUCAAAGGUGAAGGAACUACCGCUCGUCUGGACUAAUCCGGUGACUAAGAAGCAUCAUCUUCAAGUUCACGGUUGCUGUAUUUAUCGCCUGAAAUUCGCUGAUGGCACCGUUUUGGAGCUGGAAGAUGCGCGUAAUGAGGUCCACAGGAUGAUGAGGCCUGCUAUCGCAUCAAAGAAUGUUUACGCUCACGAUUGGGAAUCAGGAGACUUGGCAAUCUUUUUCAACAGAGGAGUCUGGCACUCCGUCACAGGUCAGUUCUCUCCAGGCGAGAGAAGAUUGAUGCAUCAGUGCAACAUUGCUUCGGGUAAAGAUCCAGUGUGCUUGAGCGAAGACUCAUUGUAUGGUGAGGCAGUAGAUCACGUAAUGGGAAGCUCUGGAAAGGAAGAAAUCGCUGCUUGA